AUGAGGAUUAUUUGCAGACAGAUAGUCUUGUUAUUUUCUGGAUUUUGGGGACUCGCCAUGGGAGCCUUUCCGAGCAGCGUGCAAAUAGGUGGUCUCUUCAUCCGAAACACAGAUCAGGAAUACACUGCUUUUCGAUUAGCAAUUUUUCUUCAUAACACCAGCCCCAAUGCGUCAGAAGCUCCUUUUAAUUUGGUACCUCAUGUGGACAACAUUGAGACAGCCAACAGUUUCGCUGUAACAAAUGCUUUCUGUUCCCAGUAUUCUAGAGGAGUAUUUGCCAUUUUUGGACUCUAUGAUAAGAGGUCAGUACAUACCUUGACCUCAUUCUGCAGCGCCUUACACAUCUCCCUCAUCACACCAAGUUUCCCUACUGAGGGGGAGAGCCAGUUUGUGCUGCAGCUAAGGCCUUCCUUACGAGGAGCACUCUUGAGUCUGCUGGAUCACUAUGAAUGGAAUUGUUUUGUCUUCCUGUAUGACACAGACAGGGGAUACUCGAUACUUCAAGCUAUCAUGGAAAAAGCAGGACAAAAUGGUUGGCAUGUCAGUGCUAUAUGUGUGGAAAAUUUUAAUGAUGUCAGCUAUAGGCAACUUCUAGAAGAGCUUGAUAGAAGACAAGAGAAGAAAUUUGUAAUAGACUGUGAGAUAGAGAGGCUUCAAAACAUAUUAGAACAGAUUGUGAGUGUUGGAAAGCAUGUUAAAGGCUACCAUUAUAUCAUUGCAAACUUGGGAUUCAAGGAUAUUUCUCUUGAGAGAUUUAUACAUGGUGGAGCCAAUGUUACAGGAUUCCAGUUAGUAGAUUUUAAUACACCUAUGGUAACCAAAUUAAUGGAUCGCUGGAAGAAACUAGAUCAGAGAGAAUAUCCAGGAUCUGAGACACCUCCAAAGUAUACAUCUGCUCUGACUUAUGAUGGAGUCCUUGUGAUGGCUGAAACAUUCCGAAGUCUUAGGAGACAGAAAAUUGAUAUUUCCAGGAGAGGAAAUGCUGGGGAUUGUCUGGCAAAUCCUGCUGCUCCAUGGGGCCAGGGGAUUGACAUGGAGAGGACGCUCAAACAGGUUCAAAUUCAAGGGCUGACAGGGAAUGUUCAGUUUGACCACUAUGGACGUAGGGUCAAUUACACAAUGGAUGUGUUUGAGCUAAAGAGCACAGGACCUAGAAAGGUUGGGUACUGGAAUGAUAUGGAUAAAUUAGUCUUAAUUCAAGAUAUGCCCACUCUUGGCAAUGACACAGCAGCUAUUGAGAACAGAACAGUCGUUGUAACCACUAUUAUGGAAUCCCCAUAUGUUAUGUACAAGAAAAAUCAUGAAAUGUUUGAAGGAAAUGACAAGUAUGAAGGAUACUGUGUAGAUUUGGCAUCUGAAAUUGCAAAACAUAUUGGUAUCAAGUAUAAAAUUGCCAUUGUCCCUGAUGGAAAAUAUGGAGCAAGAGAUGCAGACACAAAAAUCUGGAAUGGGAUGGUAGGGGAACUUGUUUAUGGGAAAGCAGAGAUUGCUAUUGCCCCUCUGACAAUCACUUUGGUCCGAGAGGAGGUCAUUGACUUCUCUAAGCCCUUCAUGAGUUUGGGCAUAUCUAUUAUGAUCAAAAAGCCUCAGAAAUCUAAACCAGGAGUGUUUUCCUUCUUGGAUCCUCUGGCCUAUGAGAUUUGGAUGUGCAUAGUCUUUGCCUACAUUGGUGUCAGCGUGGUCUUGUUCCUAGUUAGUAGAUUUAGUCCAUAUGAGUGGCACACAGAAGAGCCAGAAGAUGGAAAGGAAGGACCCAGCGACCAGCCUCCCAAUGAGUUUGGCAUCUUUAACAGCCUCUGGUUUUCCCUGGGUGCUUUUAUGCAGCAAGGAUGUGACAUUUCACCCAGAUCCCUCUCAGGUCGAAUUGUUGGAGGUGUUUGGUGGUUCUUUACACUCAUCAUUAUAUCAUCUUAUACUGCUAACCUCGCUGCUUUCCUGACUGUUGAGAGAAUGGUCUCCCCCAUAGAAAGUGCGGAAGACCUGGCCAAACAAACAGAAAUUGCCUAUGGAACGUUGGAUUCAGGGUCAACAAAAGAAUUCUUCAGAAGAUCAAAAAUAGCAGUGUAUGAAAAGAUGUGGACCUACAUGCGAUCAGCAGAGCCAUCAGUGUUCACUAGGACUACAGCUGAGGGAGUAGCUCGUGUCCGAAAAUCCAAGGGCAAAUUUGCCUUUCUCCUGGAGUCCACUAUGAAUGAAUACAUUGAGCAGCGAAAGCCAUGUGACACAAUGAAAGUGGGAGGAAAUCUGGAUUCGAAAGGCUAUGGAGUAGCAACACCCAAGGGUUCUUCAUUAAGAACUCCUGUAAACCUUGCCGUUUUGAAACUCAGUGAGGCAGGCGUCUUAGACAAGCUGAAAAACAAAUGGUGGUACGAUAAAGGUGAAUGUGGACCCAAGGACUCUGGAAGCAAGGACAAGACGAGUGCCUUGAGCCUGAGCAACGUAGCAGGCGUCUUCUACAUUCUGGUUGGCGGCUUGGGCUUGGCAAUGCUGGUGGCUUUGAUAGAGUUCUGUUACAAGUCCAGGGCAGAAGCGAAGAGAAUGAAGCUGACCUUUUCUGAAGCCAUAAGAAACAAAGCCAGAUUAUCCAUCACUGGGAGUGUAGGUGAAAAUGGCCGCGUCUUGACACCCGACUGCCCAAAGGCUGUACACACUGGAACUGCAAUUAGACAAAGUUCAGGAUUGGCUGUCAUUGCAUCAGACCUACCAUGA